GAGGCUUAUACCAAAUUCGGCAUUCGCGAGCAGAACAACCCGUUUCUCUACGUCGUGCUCCCGAAGCAUCUGAGGAAAAGAGAACUCCAUCAACAGAUGCUCAUAAACAGCCAAGAGCUUGUCACCCAUCAUGACCUGCACUCCACUUUUGAGGAUAUCCUUUAUAACCAGCCUUCGAUGAACUUCUCGGAUGUGUCAUUCAAACGAUUCGACAGUGAUCCUCGCGGUUCAUCUCUACUUAGGAAGUUCGAGCCCGGCGUCGAGCGGACAUGUAAAACACUGCCGAUACCGUUGCAGUACUGUAUAUGCCAGUACAAAAAGCAAAAUGUCACAAAUAAAGUACAAGCUAACGAUAUUCUCCAUUACAGUGAUGCAAAUCUAGCAUAUAUUCUUGGACGCUUUGCUGCUAGAAAUCUAGCUGCUCUUCUGAAAUCCGAAAACGUUUCCUCCCAGUGCGAGAAGAUAGUGUUAAGCAAAGUUAUUGAAGCUCAAAAAUACGUGCUACCACAUCAAAAUGUGGCUCAAAUUGCAAAUGAAGUCAACCUCUAUGAAGUAACUUUUGUUGUAUCUGCUCCAGCUCUAGGUCGAUUUAAGAUACCAAUUCGUGAGGAGUCGCUUGGGAACUUGGUGCUGGCUGGAGAACAGUUUGAUCGCCUUGACAAAUACGGCAAACACGGAGAUUGCAUGACAAAGGAUAUACUACGGCCGUUGUGCACCUGCAAAAAUAGUACAAGUGAUCGUCCAGUUUGA